AGUCUGAUACUUCUGAAAGUGAGAGUGAUGAAACGAUGAGUGAAGAGAUUAGUGAAACUGACAGUCAAAGUGAAGAAAGAGAAAAUAAAUUUUCAUUUUUUCCCAAUGAAGAUCAAGAGGAGUACACCUUCUUUCAGAAAACCUUAACUGCUGUUAAGAAUUGGUUCACUCUCUUUGGUUGGUCUAAGGGACAAAAUCCUGUUUCAGUACCAUAUUCACUGAGACGUGAUGUGUGUAAAGUCCAGGCAACAUCUUCACAAGACAAGGUUUUUAAACAAAACCGUGAGAAAGAUACUAAGACUCUUUAUGACAUGUUAUUCCAUUUGAGUGGACAAUUGUUACCAGACAUUACAUCAAGCCAAGCAUUGGUCCUUGAUCCAACUGAACGAAUGUUACAACUCCACUGCCAGCACUCUACAUUGCUUGCUUUCCUUAAAUGCCAAGGAGCAUAUCUUCCUCAUGUUAUGCCAGAAUUUCUGCUUGAACCUGAUGAUUAUAAGAAAUGGAUUGAAGUACAGCAAGCUCUACAGAAGGGUUAUAUGUCCGAGUUGAAAAUAGAUGAGGAAACCUCAGAGAUCUACAGUAACAAGCAUUUAUUAAUUCUGAAGGACAGUGUAUUUGAGGCAAUGAGCAAACGAGCUUGGACAGAUGUGCUGCUGCAAAUAUACAAGGUGUUUGUUCUUCCACAUGUUUUUUCGCGCAGUGUCACUGAUCAAUUCAGCUUGGAAAAUGUGCAGAACAUGCCAAGAAUAAAAUCAGAACCAUUAUCCAGUAAUAUAUAUUCUCCAUAUGAACGAACCAUCCUCACCUGGUUGAAUAAACAUUAUGAGAAGAAUCGAAAAACUGUGUGGAAAGACUGCCAAAAAG